UGAUACUUCAAUCAUGGAUCACGUCCAAAUCCGAUGGUUUCACAGAAUUAGCAGAGGACAGAUCUAAGAAAUGGAAGAAGAGUUGAGAAACUUAAGCAAGUAAAGUAGUUCAAUGUCCAAGUGAGAAACAUUUGUUAACAUGAGAUCAAAUUCAACCAAGCGCAACCAAUCUAACAAUAUGGUUUGCAGAAGUUAAAGAAACCUUAUGAAGUCAAGAACACUUGAAAGUUUUGGCGGGAAACGUUCAUACUAGUCAGCAUCUUUCGACUGUGAUUACUGACGUGUUGACUAGGACACCGGACAAGAUCUUGGCUAGUAAGAUGGUGAAGAGGCAAAACAGAACUGCGAUUCAGGUAUUGGUGAAGUGGGUAAAUCAAGGUGAAAAAGAAGUUACGUCAGAGUUUCUAAUUUUCAACUUUACAUCUUUACAACUUUCGAAUUUUGUGGUUAAGUUUGUUUUUGGAGGGGAGAAUUUGCUUAUAAUAAAUGGAUGGACACGUGUAGUCAAAGCUGUGAAGGAUGUUAGUACAUGUUAGUAGUCGAAGAUGACACAUGUCAGGUUGUUAGUACAUGUUAGCUAGCAGUUGAGAAGUUUGUUGUGAAGAAACAGUGGUGGGAAUAAAAGGAAGAAGAGAGGAUCAUUUUUUAGUCAUUCAGAAAGUGUGUGUAUUGUUUCUUCUUGAUCUUUCUAUGUAUAGGUUUGGGUUUAUCCUUUCAAAGUUUUAGAGUUGUUUCUUCCUGUAAAUUCUUGGUUUUGGUAAGGUUGAUUUUUGUAUUCUACAUUGGAUCGAGUGAUACAAUCUAUAUUUAAAUGAUUAUCUAAAACAUUUAAUAACCAAACCAGAAUUUAAGUCAAAGCCUCGGAGAUCGGAAAAAAAAAACAAAAAGAAGAUCUAGAGAGAUGGAACAAGAACUCGAGAACUUCAUCAAGGUUUGGUUUUCUGCAAUCAUCUCUGUAUCUUAUUGUUACCACUUAUCAUCCAGAAUCAAACCUGGUGCUUUACGAUUAAUCUCUGUUCUUCCUGUUUGUACUCUGUUUCUUCUCAUUCCUCUGUUUUUCUCCUCUGUUCACUUCUCUGGAGCCUCAGCCUUUUUCUUCACAUGGCUCGCCAAUUUCAAGCUCAUCCUCUUUUCCUUCGACAAAGGUCCUCUUUACCCACUUCCCCAAACUCUCUCCAGGUUCAUCUUCUUCACUUGCUUCCCCAUCAAGCCUCAGCAAAACCCUAAAUCUCAAAACCAGAUCCCCAAAUGGGUUUUCUCCAUUAAAGUUUUCAUCUUUGGUUCGUUGUUACAUACGUAUGAUUACAAACAACACUUGUCUCCCACUAUGCUAUUGGUUCUAUAUUCUCUGCAUAUAUAUUUGGAGCUUGAGAUUCUCUUAAUGCUCGUCAAAGUUUGGGUUUUUAUCUUUCUUGGAUGCGAUCUAGAGCCACAGUCCAAUGAACCAUACUUAGCAACAUCUCUACAAGAUUUCUGGGGUCGCCGGUGGAACCUCAUGGUCCCGGCGAUCCUCCGGCCAGCUGUCUACAACCCGGUGCAGCGAAUAGCCGAGCGUAAAGUGAGCUCUGAUCAUGCUAGGUUUUUGGCGGUUUUGGCGACGUUCUUGGUCUCCGGUGCGGUUCACGAGCUGAUUUUCUAUUAUAUUAACCGUGAGAUGCCUACAGGAGAAAUCACUUGGUUCUUUGUGUUACAUGGAGUUUGCACGGCUGCCGAAGUAGUGGUGAAGAAAAGGACGUUUGUGGGGCGGUGGAAGAUGAGUCCAAUGGUUUCACGACUACUUACGGUAGGGUUUGUUGUUUUGACAAGUGGUUGGUUGUUUUUCCCUCCUCUUGUAAGGGGUGGCAUGUUUGUGAGACUCCCUAACGAAGCCUCGUUGUUUAUUGAUUCUGUCAAGCAUAAAUUCUUUACGUUCGAGUCAUAAUUCGUGGAUGUAUGUGUGAUUACUUUGUCAUAAAUUAUAUUACUUUGUCGAAUUUCAUAA